AUGAAGUUUGGGAAGGAAUUUGUAGCUCAAAUGGUACCCGAAUGGCAGAAAGCUUACAUGAAUUAUAAUUAUCUAAAGACCCUUUUGAAGGAAAUCCUACGCCUGAAGCAGAGAAACAGGCAAGCCGCAAGACCAGCAGGACUAGAGCGAGCUGCAACACUUUACCGAGCUUUCAGUGGUUUAAUACAGAGACAGAACAACCCCACAAGCCCAUCCAGGAAAGAUCACAAUGACAACCAAUUCAUUCUUGUAAGUUUUGUCGAGGAAGAUGGCUCCGAAAUUCUGGAGACUACAUUUCUUAAGCUUGCGGAGGAAGGAGGGGAGUGGGAGCAGGAAUUCUUCAGAAGGCUUGAUUAUGAGUUCAAUAAAGUUGACAAAUUCUACAGGUUCAAGGUUCAAGAGUUGAUGGCCGAGGCUGAAAAUCUUACUAAGCAAAUGAAUGCCUUGAUUGCUUUCCGGAUCAAAGUGAAUAAGUUGCAAGGACUUCUUGAUUCGCCUCUUCCAUCGAAAUCAAAUGAUGAAAAGUCUGAUAGGCAGAUAAAUACUAUCCGGGAGGAAAAUCAAGAACAAGAGCAGGAUAAUAAUGGGGGCUUUAAACACGUUCAAUUACUAGAAAUACUUGACCAUGUGAAGCUUAAAAGAACUCUUGACACUCCCAGUGAGUUCAUUAAAGGUUGUGUCAGUGUUAAUCCUGAGGAGACAGAGGUUACAAUUAGUAGGGAAAAUCUAAACAAAGUGGAGAACCAACUUAAGCAGGCGUUUAUUGAAUAUUAUAGGAAGAUUAGGCAUCUUAAGAGCUACAGUUUCAUGAAUGUGCUAGCCUUUUCAAAAAUCAUGAAGAAAUACGAUAAGAUUACUUCAAGAAAGGCAUCAGUUUCUUAUAUAAAAAUGGUGGACAACUCUUAUCUUGGCAGUUCUGAUGAAGUAACAAAGCUUAUGGAGAGAGUGGAAGAUGCAUUUAUCAAGUAUUUCUCAAAUUCAAACCGUAGCAAAGGUAUGCAAAUCUUGAGACCAAAGGCUAAGAAAGAAAGGCAUGGCAUAACAUUUUCUCUAGGUUUCUGUUUUGGUUGCUUAAUUGCUCUCAUUAUAGCCCUUAUCUUCAUCAUUCAUGCACGCGAUCUCUUGGAUAAGAGAGGAAAAAACCAAUAUAUGAAAGACAUUUUUCCUCUUUACAGCUUCUUCGCACUCAUUGUGUUACACAUGAUUAUAUAUGCUGCAAAUAUAUACUUCUGGAGGCGGUUCCGAGUCAAUUAUCCCUUCAUUUUUGGUUUCAAACAAGGCACUGAGCUGGGAUACAGGGAGGUUCUUCUUCUCGGUUUUGGUCUUUCAGUACUAACUCUAACCAGUGUGCUUGCGAAUCUCGACAUGGAAAUGGACUCCGAAACACAUGAUUACAAAACCCUGACUGAGCUUCUCCCUUUAGGCUUGGUUUUGCUUCUGAUUGUCAUACUGAUUUUUCCUUGUAACGUCAUAUACCGCUCAAGUCGCUUCUUUUUCCUGCGGUGUUUGUUUCACUGCAUCUGUGCUCCCCUCUACAAGGUGACACUCCAAGAUUUCUUCUUGGCGGAGCAGUUAACUAGCCAGGUUCAAGCGUUUAGAAACCUGGAAUUCUACAUCUGCCGUUAUGGUUGGGGAGACUAUGAAAGCAGAGAAAACACUUGCAGAACAAAUGAUGUAUACAAAACUUUCUAUUUCAUUGUUGCUGUGAUUCCAUACAUGUCUCGCUUCCUUCAGUGCUUUCGACGCCUCUAUGAAGAAAGAGAUACAAUGCACAUAUGUAAUGGGUUGAACUACUUCUUGACAGUGGUAGCCAUUAGUACAAGAACUGCUUACUGUCUUUACAAGGGAAUGAGCUGGAAAAUAAUCUCCGGGAUAUUUUCAGCCAUUGCAGCACUCUAUGGUACAUAUUGGGACCUUGUCGUUGACUGGGGACUUCUGCAACACAAAUCUAAAAAUCGCUGGUUGCGAGACAAACUCCUUAUCCCUAGCAAAACUGUGUAUUUUGUAGCCAUGGUCUUGAAUGUGUUGCUAAGGUUUGCCUGGCUGCAGACUGUGUUGGACUCGCAGUUGUCUUUCUUACAUAGUGAAACUUUGAUAGCAAUUGCUGCAAGCCUAGAGGUUAUUCGUCGCGGUAUAUGGAAUUUCUUCAGGUUGGAGAAUGAGCAUUUGAACAAUGUUGGCAAGUAUCGUGCAUUCAAAUCAGUACCAUUGCCAUUCAUGUACUAUGAAGAUGAAGAUGAAGAAAAAGAUGAAUAG